AUGAGAGAUAAAUUAUUGUUAUUAUCUUUUAUAUUAACUUUAACUACUAUUGUUAAAGCAAGUAUUGACUCUUCUUCUGCUGCCUCAUAUUAUACUGCAGCAGUAGUAGACUAUGCACCUUCAGAAUUUCAUAUACCACCUCUAAAUGCAACAAAGGAGCUUGCCGAUGAAUAUAUGCUUUCAAAUGUAAAAAACUAUGCUAAAUACAUUGAACAAGCAUCAAAGAGUCAUGUGGAUAUUAUCGUCUUCCCAGAAUAUGGUAUCAUUGGAGGGCAAGGAUUCCAAACUAGAGACCAAAUAUAUCCAUAUCUUGAAGAAAUACCAAAUGUUAUUGAUCAAAUUAUUCCAUGCAAGAAUAAAUCAUAUAAUGAUUAUCCUAUUACACAAUCUCUAAGUUGUUUAGCAAAACAAUAUAAUAUGGUAGUAGUAGCUGUUAUGGGUGAUGUUGUCUAUUGUACAAAUAGUAGUAGUAGUAGCGAUUGUCCAGAAGAUGGUAGAUUUCAAUAUAAUACACAAGUUGCAUUCUCUAAUCAAGGUAUGGUGAUUGGCAAAUAUCACAAAUCCCACUUGUAUGGCAAUGAGGGACAGGUAUUUAAUGAACCAUCGGUACCUGACAUUGUCGUCUUUGAUACACACUUUAACGUUACAUUUGGCAUGAUGAUAUGUUUUGACAUUCUUUUCGAGCAACCACAAUUAGAGUUGCUUCAAGUAAUGGGUGUCAAGAAUAUCGUCUAUUCUACAGAAUGGAUUAAUGCAAACUAUGCAUAUGCACGACAGGUACAACAAUAUCUUUCCUACUUUGGAGGCGCAAACAUUUUAGCGUCCAAUGUCGGAACCUAUUCGAUUACAAGUGGCUCUGGUAUAUUUUCAAGUGGCACUCCUCUAGUCACAGACUUUAAUCCAAAUCUAAGUCCAGCAAGCACGAUUGCCAUUACAAAGGUCCCCAUCAUAGACAGCUCCACCAACAAAGAUAGAUCACCUCGCAUUAUCAAGGAUUCGGUUGAAAUUCAAUCUUUGGCCGCCAAAUACAAGAUGUCACCCGGUCGUUAUACAACCAACAUGCAAGGUGUUCCACCCAACUCUUUCAACUCUACCUUUGAAAUAUUCAAACCAGAGUCUAACCAACAAGAAAUAAUCUAUUCAACAAACAAUGGUUUCCAAUGUAAAUUCUCCUAUGAAACCCUCACCAUCCCAGGUGACCAAUACUUUGCUUUGAUUAGCUUUAACAAUAAUUUUAAUACAUUUUGGGAUGCUCAAAUUUGUACCAUGGCUGCUUGUUUGGAUAAUACAACUGCUGGUUGUUCUGCUCUUGUUUUUGAUAGUCAAACCAUUUUCACAAAUCUAGUCUUUUCUGGUGACUUUGAUGAAACUUUAUAUCAUGUAAACGCAAUGGUUUAUACAACAAAUGAUAAAUCAGAUUAUUAUAGUCAAUAUGACCAAACAACUUCGACAUUUGAUAUUACUGGUAUGAAUGAACCUGUAAUGUCCAUUAGUUUAUUUGCACCACAAUGGUAUCAAGUCAAUGAAUCCAAUUAA